GACGACCAAGGGCUCCCUGCUGUGCCCCCACGUGGUAAGGACAGGAUUCUGUAUCUAGCAUCUCUCACAGCCAUAGGUGCUCAGGCACUGAGUGCAGAGUUAAAGCUGUUAGCGGGGCACUGCCGGCCACCAGACCACAGGCAAAGGAUCCUGAGGCAGCUACAGCCUCGAAAUAUUUUAAGAUGGCAGCCUAGGCUAAGCUUGCCUUUUUCAAAUAGCCCGGCGUCACUUUGCCAGAAUCUGCCAACUUCUCCGAAAGUCAAGGUAGAAAAAAAGUCACUAUGCUACUUUGUCCAAACUGAAGUCGCUUGGAUCAUUACACCUCCAUCUGCUGCUGGCACUGUAUAGAACCUGACCUCUGGGAGCUUUUAAUGAAAAUUAAUUUUCUAGCCACAUAGGGGCAAAUGCCAGUUGGCCCCUGGGCCAGGCAGCUUGCUGGAAAGAGGUGCUUUCGGCUGGCCACCGGUGCGCGGGGACCACACUCACAAACCGCAUUCCGGUCUUCCCGCCCGCAAAAUCCGCGCUGUGCGAGGGACCCACAAGGGUCUGAAAGGGACCCGCCUCACUUGGAAACGGGGCUGCGGUAGCCACAACCCUCCGGUAGCGGUAGCGUAACCCCUUUCGGUGAUCCAGCCGCCCAGCGCAACGGGUACAAAGAACCCCACUGGCUAAGGCCGACCUACCAGGGCUUGGGGGAGGGGAGCGGAAGGCAGAGGUCGAAACGACCUGUCCAGCAGAAAACUAUCCCCGAGCAUAUUCCAACCACUUCUCCGCAGAGCUCAUUCCUUCCGCGCAUACGAAGGGCGCCAAUCCUUCCUGUAUCCCUCCCACAGAUACCGGGUGACUACUGCUUUUGCGCCCAAAGCGCAGUGCCCUGGCUCAGCUCCCUACGGUAGCGACCUCCACCGCAGAUUCUCAUCUCCUCGCUACCGUAAGAGAGAUGUAAAGAAUCAGACGGGUUACGCGCUCAGGCACCCUCAUGAAGCUGAGGACCUGGGCUUUCAACUCAUUCAGUAUUAGUAAAAGAGCGCCGAGCACGGGCCUAUUAUGCCAAAGCUUCUGAAAGGGGCACCACGUUUUUUGCUCUAUGGGGCAGAUGACCCCUCCCUAAUUUCGGUUUUCCAUCCAUCCCCAAGGUAGGCUCUGGAGUGGCACCGGAGACUGAGCUCAAAUUUGCAGGCCAGGGACUGGGGAGAAGGGCGCCACACUAAGAGACCUGCACCCCCAUCCUCGCCCUGUACUCUACCCAGAGUCAUGGUACCCCUCCAUUUUAAAGCAAAAUCCAAAAGCAAGCACGGCGGAAUCUUCUGGAAGGGGGCUAAGAUGGAACUCAGGAGGCGGGGGUCGGUAUGGAAAGAGCAGAUGGAUUAUUUUUUUCCUCUCCUGGCGAAUGAGGAGCGCCCCCAGCCACCCCUCCUCAUAAACACCCCCCAAGGCGCGCAUGCGCACUUAGGUGGCGGGCGGGUACUUAAGGCGCGGCCACCGCGGCUGCGGCAGUGCGCCCAACAGCGGACUCCGAGACCAGCGGAUCUCCGCAAACCCUCUUUCUCUACCACCCACCUACCACUCUUGGAACCAUGGCGGCAGUGGCGGCAGCCUCGGCUGAACUGCUCAUCAUCGGCUGGUACAUCUUCCGCGUGCUGCUGCAGGUGUUCAGGUACUCCCUGCAGAAGCUGGCGUACACGGUGUCGCGGACCGGGCGGCAGGUGUUGGGGGAGCGCAGGCAGCGAGCCCCCAACUGAGGCCCCAGCUCCCAGCCCUGGGCGGCCGUAUCAUCAGGUGCUCCUGUGCAUCUCGACCAGCACGGGAGCCAGUGCCGCGCAGGAAUGUGGGGUCCCCUGUGUUCCCUCGCCAGAGGAGCACUUGGCAAGGUCAGUGAGGGGCCAGUAGACCCCCGGAGAAGCAGUACCGACAAUGAUGAAGAUACCAGAUCCCUUCCCAACCCCUUUGCACCGGUCCCACUAAGGGGCAGCGUCGAGAGUGGAGGGGGGAUAGGGGGAGCAGACCCCUGAGAUCUGGGCAUAGGCACCGCAUUCUGAUCUGGACAAAGUCGGGACAGCACCAUCCCAGCCCCGAAGCCAGGGCCAUGCCAGCAGGCCCUACCAUGGAAAUCAAAACACCACACCAGCCAGCAGAAUGGACAUUCUGACAUCGCCAGCCGAAGCCCUGAAUCUUGGUGCAGCACCAACCGCGUGCCUGUGUGGCGGGACUGGAGGGCACAGUUGAGGAAGGAGGGUGGUUAAGAAAUACAGUGGGGCCCUCUCGCUGUCCCUUGCCCAGGGCACUUGCAUUCCAGCCUUGCUGCAUUUGCUCCCUCGAUUCCCCUUUCCUCCUCACUGCCUCCCAAGCCCAUCCUACUCCAAAAUAAUGUGUCACUUGAUUUGGAACUAUUCAAGCAGUAAAAGUAAAUGAACCCCACCUUUACUAAAACACUUUCUCUGAACCCCCCUUGCCCCUCACUGAUCUUGCUUUUCCCUGGUCUCAUGCAGUUGUGGUCAAUAUUGUGGUAAUCGCUAAUUGUACUGAUUAAGUGUGCAUUAGUUGUGUCUCCCCAGCUAGAUUGUAAGCUCCUGGAGGACAGGGACCACCUCUACAAAAAAUAAAAAAAGUACCUCCCCUGUCUCGCACAGUGUCCCAGGACCCUGCGGUGCAGUGGAGGCGCACCAAAA